CGGCUGUUCUCAACCUAAGCAACACUGAACUCACUUCCGCUCAACUUUCAGUCCUUGAGCUUGGUCCAUCCUUUGUCCCAACCCCUUCAUGUUGCUGGAGAUUUCUGUUCUCUUCAAGACCUUCCUCAUCCUCCAUGCACCUUGGGAGUUGGUGAAGUUGUGCCAGAUUCACCCACUUCAGAUCUACAUACAAGAUGCCUGGGCCUGUCCCACCGUGAGUCUUUCAAAUGGGGUCCAAAUGCCAAUACUUGGAAUUGGCACAUCUCAGGUUGGAGGAUUCUCUCAGGACACUGUUCUGUAUGCGAUCCGUGAUUGUGGCUUACGCCUCAUAGACACAUCCAAGUAUAAUGGCUUUGAGGUGCAGCUGUGUGAAGCUAUUCGAGACAGCGGGGUACCAAGAAGUGAGAUGUGGGUCACCAAUAAACUCUGGCCUGAGGAUUAUGGAUAUGAAACAGCAAAGAAGGCGUUUCAGAAAUCCUGCGCCCAGAUGGGGGUGGAUUAUCUUGACAUCUACAUGUUACACUGGCCUGGUGGGAUGCAGCCUGGACGCUCCAACAGAGAACUGAGAGCUGAGGCCUGGAGAGCUCUGGAGGAAUUAUAUGAAUUAGGGUUGUGUCGUUCCAUUGGGGUAAGCAACUUUAUGAUUCACCACCUAGAACAGUUAAAGCAGGACUGCACUGUGGUGCCACAUGUCAAUCAGGUGGAGUACCAUCCAUUCCAGCAACCCAAAGAGCUGAUCGAGUACUGCCGCCAGAAGGGGAUCGCGUUCCAGGGGUACUGCCCCCUGGCCAAAGGUCAGGCUCUCAGUGACCCCACUAUUAUCCAGAUAGCAAAGAAGUAUGGACACACACCCGCUCAGAUCUGCAUCCGCUGGAGUAUACAGAAUGGAGCAAUCACAAUACCAAAGUCAACCAAAAAGGAGCGUGUGGUGGAAAAUUGCCAGGUUUUUGGAUUCCAGCUUGAGGAGGAAGACAUGGAGGCCAUAAACAAGCUGCAUGAUGGGAGACAUGUCUCCUGGGAUCCAACAAAUGUGGAGUAACAAGUCAUAAGUGCAGUAAGGGGAUGGCUUACAGGGCUUAAGUCCCACAUACUUUCCUAAAAGCCCCAAAUCUUUAAAGCUGAUAAAAAUAAAGGAUGUGGCUGUCAUGUGUUGUCAUUAUGGAUAAAUAAAAAAUAAAUAAAUAGAAGAUAAUAAACAAAUGCCCCCUGCUGGUCACAUUUCAUUCUUACAGCCAUACUGACCAAAUCAAACCACUUACACCCAGGAGUUUAAAGUAUUGUUUAACGUUGUGCUGA